AUGAAGAGUAACAAAAAGGAAAGGACUGAAGCGGAAAUCGGACGUCUGACGGCAAACUGCGAAACCCCUUCCGUUGAAGGUAACUGGAAUGUUGCCGCGGCUCUCUGGAACGAGGCAGAGGAUCUUGGGUCAAAGGAUAUGACCAAGCGCGGGUUUCGACCCUUUCUUUCUACUGCCCAGUUUUAUUCCUUUUUGAUGUUACGGGAGUGGUUGCACAGCGAGUAUGAGAUAGAGGGGACGGUGCAAGAAAUUUACCACUGGCUCUACAUUGAUGGACCUGGAAUCGUCGCCUUUGAAGGUCAAAGUGCUCGGGACUCGCACCUGGCAAGUGAAGAAGUCAGACAUCGAACACUAUAUCAGAAACUCAUGGCGGAUUUGGUUCCGAGAAGAAUUUUCUUCUGCUCACUGGGUCGCAGCGGUAGAGAAUUCGAAACAAGUCUUCAGAGAGAUGCUCUUUCACAGCCUGGACGAGACCCGGCGACUAGCGUGGCGGGCGAGAACGGCGCAGCGCACUUCGUGGAAGUUCACAUCUCUCAGUUGGAACCAAGGAUUGGACAAUUACGACGAAUGCUCCGUUCUCGAGAAUCCAACUCCAAGAAUGGAUUAUUGUCCGUGGCUGAAAGCGUGACACAUCUCGCUCGGGAUUUCCAAGGUAUCUCUGGCACAUCGAGUCGAACAAACCGUGGGCCGGAAAGUAUAUCCGUCCCCGGCAUCGCGUGGCAGCUGCCGCUCAAUUACAGGUUCGAUGUGGCUGGUCUCCUAGACGUUUUUCUUGGCUUAAAGGGUCGAUUUUCAACUGCCUACAUCUGGUUCGAUCUGUUUUGCAUCCCGCAACAAGCCGACGAUCGGGCAUUUGCUUCGAUAAUAUCAGAAGAGAUCGCUAAACAAGCUGUCAUUUUCCAAGACGCCACCGCAUGCCUUGCGUGGCUGAACUACAUCGACGACCGGAUCGGGGAAUAUUCCACGCUUGGAUGGCUUAGUGCUCAGUAUGCAGUCUUGAGCAGUCAGCCCGGUAUGUGUGAGGCAAAAAGUCUUAUGAAAGCUGCUAAACGCGGCCGCAACCUACCGCUGCAGCUAACAAGACUUUCGGCACCAACUUUUAGAUACCCUCCAUGGAAGCGGAGGCUGAUCGAAGCUAUGGAGAGACUCCACGGCUGGUGGAUGAAUAGAAGAGGAUAUAUUGUUUCCUAUUAUCAUUUCGAACCCUCUGACUGGUUUUCCGGAGUUUGGACGCUACUGGAGGCUUAUCUUCGUCCUAACAUGGCCUUUGCAAACAAAGAUUGGAAUAUUCUUUGCGACGCGGGCGGCGAAACAAUGUCAUUGGAAGAACUUUUUGCUUUCAACGACAUUGUCUGGGAUAUGCGAUCACAUGAUACCCAGAUUCUAGGCUCAUUUCUCAUCAAGGGCCAUGGAGUCGAAGACUCUCCGAUCCACCCCUUCAUGAGAAUCCAUGUUAGAGACAGCCUUGAAAAUGAGUGUCCUCUGAACCGCGCCAACUGA